AUGAGCACGCCUACACCUGACAAGAAACAACCCGAGCAAGCGAUGGGACCAGCACAGGUGCAGGCAUUGAACUUACAAACGCUUCAGGGGUUUUAUCCGCACAUCGAGAGCAUAGCGAUGAACUGCGGUGUAGUGAGUGUGUAUGAGAUCAGUGCGCAAACACAUGACCCGGACUGUCGUGGUCCACUUUUCCUCGUUCAAACGCGCGAAAAGGAGAUGUGGAUGAUCGUUCUUAACCAACUUGGCUUUGGGACGUACAGAAUUUCUAUCGACGAGAACACACAGUUCCAGGAACAAGACAGGUACGUCACUCUUAAGAACGACGGUGACAACGUUUUAGUCCAAUUUUGCUUCGUCUCACAAAACGCAGAGGACGAAAGAGAAAAGGCUGUCAAAAAGUUGAAGAACGAGCUCAGGGCAGUAGGUAAGGCCUCCACACUUCUCAAACAUGCCGUCGCUUACUGCUCAAAAUGA